AUGCUUUCACUUGGAAAGAAUGGUAAGACUUCGUCAACACUGGUACGAAAUGCGCGAAGGAGUGUGAUCAUGCCAGCUAGCAGAGAUGUUAGAUCUCGUAAGAGACGGGCGAGAUCUGUCACUGAUACGAAAGAUGUGUUAGAUUUGGAUUCAAUCGAUUUCACUAAUGAGAAGGAAGUUCAGUUCAAGGUUAAUCAGUUGAAAGAGUUCACCAGAAAUCUUCGAGAACAGAUCAAGUACACUGAUGAGCUAAAGCGUAAGCAUGUUAUAGAAGAGGAGGAGACAAAAUCGGUAGAUCCCGAGAUGCAUGAUUUUGACAGCGAUGCUGGAGUUAUUUUAAGUUCAUUGAACGAUAAGGUAGCGGGCCCUGGGGCAGAACAGAAUCUUUCAACUCUUUUGUUAUCAGAUAAAGCUGAUACAUCGUUACUACCCGAGCGAUUAUCAGAGAGGAUAAAGGACAAGGACCUCAUUUUGAGGUGUUUGUUUGAUAAGAGGAAUAGGGAUUUUAAUCCGAUAGUAACAGAACUAUACCAUUCAGAACAGAGACUAAAGGGUUUAGGAAUCCAAUUUAUUUAUUCCAAGAUUCUUUCGAAAUUCGAUAAACUUUCCUUUACGAGCUUAUCCCAAUUGGAUGAGAUGAUAAUGGAAAGCGUUGGGAAUGACUCCUCGCGGUUAAAUGGUAACUUAUACGAGCAUCUCAUGUUGUCUUUUUCUCGGGUUACAUCACCAUCAGCACAGGGCAAAUUGGAAGUAUGUGGUAAACUUCGAGAGUUAACAGAGAGAAUGGAUGCUACAUUAUCGAAGAAAAGUUUCCAGCCAACACAGUAUAUGCUAAAUGCUUGUAUAUUUGCAGCUUCAAAAGCCAUGAGCUGGGAGUAUAUGGACUUUUUUUUAAAGAAAUUCACCUCGACGUAUGAUAUGCAACCUAACAGAAAGAACUAUACGACAGUCAUUUCUUUCUAUACCAAGAUGGAACACUAUAAGAAAGCUUGGCAACUCUUUGACUCUCUUAAAUUUUUGUCCCUAGAACACAAACCAGAUACUAAGGUCUACAACUUGAUGCUCGAAGUGUGUCAAAAGGAGAAGAAUUACGCAAGAUCAUUAGAUAUUUUCCAAGAAAUGGACGAUUUGAACGUCACAAAGGACCUAAAGACUUAUCUUAACGCAGCUAAAUCCUUAGCAUUGUCAAGUGCUGACAACGUAACAAGUGAAGGUAAAGCAGAUUCAUUAAGGUUAAUGAGUUGGAAGUACAUCCAUAAGAUUCAUGAUGAUCCUAAAUUAUCCAAACAGCUAACCGAAAAUCCACGCAACAACAUGCUGCUGCUAGAGACAAUGAUGGUUUUAUCAGCUUAUGAUGGUGACGUCGGAUUUGCUCGUGCGUUGUACUAUAAAUAUACGAACGCAUUGUUCAAAGCACACUUCUAUGAAUUCAAAAAGUAUCACAAAGAUACCGAUCCAGUUGAUUAUAUUCGCAUUUGGAAGAAAUCUCUUUCCGCACAAAUGUUUAACUGGCUAAUGUUAUCGUACUCUAAAUUCAAAAAGUCUCGACUACCAGUAUUAUUAGGAUAUCCAGAAGGUUCAAGCUUGAGACGUAGCAUGAUUUAUUCAGUUGACUAUUCGGGACGAGAUUCCUCCUAUGAGAAUUCAAAUAUUCAAUUACCUAUGCUUCCUAUGACUGAGCUUAAUGAUGCAGAAUUAACUAUAAAUGAAUCAAAAGCCUUAUGGAGAUUUAAUUUAGAGUUUGGCGGAAAUUAUGACAUUAGAGAAUUACCAGAAGGUAUGCAGACAGUGAAAGAUAUAGAGAAUAUUGUCAAAUGUGCAAAAACUGUUAAUGAAUUCAAGCUGCAGAUUUCGCAGCGUUUAUUGGAAUGGAAAAACAGAUAUGUCAAUCACAAGAUUCUCAAUAUGAAAUCUUUGAUAACUUUCCUCACGAUACCUAUUAGGCUUCAUGAACCCAAUGAGUUCAAAUUGAGGUUACAGGAAUUCACAUUCCAAGCGUUCGAAUUCAACGAAAGGGUGGAAUAUCAAUUCAAAAAAUCAAAAACGAACGAACUGGAAUCACCUGUACUCUCAAAAGAUUUUAACACAACCGACAGCAAUGCCUUGGUUGAUAACGGUAUUAUACCCUCAGAAUUCCUUCUAUACUUGGUUUCUAUGAAACACAAACUAGCCACUAAUUGUGCUAUCUACGAAGUGUCGAUGAAAGCAGCCAUAGCGUUCCAUGAUUACGAACUUGCUAUGACAACAUGGAAGAACAGAGGUAAAUUCAGAAUGACUGACGCUUUCCAGAAAUUAACACCAGGUGAAAGACAACAAAGUGACGCAACUUUCGCUCAACUAAUGGUCGAAUACUUCACGAAUGAAAAGAUGUAUCAAGACGCAUUGAGUAUCAUUUUGUCAUCUUUAAAGACGGUAAACUGGCAGUAUUCUAUGGUUAAGUCCCUACACAGAGCGUUGCUAGCUAUUGAAGAUGAGAACUCCGCUGCAAGACUUCUGAGUGUGGUGAAUCGGAAAUCAAAGAUAGUUGAAUUGGAGGAAGAGAUCAAGUCAUUAGACCUUUGA